UGGUUAACGAAGCGGAAGAAGCGAACAUGCAGCUCGUUGCAGGAGGAGAAAUCAAUGAUGGUGUGAUUGAAACGCCUAACAACUUGGCUGCGAUCACUAAUCAUCAAGCGAGUAGCAGUAACACUAUGAGAAGAAGAGGAGGAAGGAUUAGAAAGAAGAAUCUCAGUGAGGAGGAAUUGAUUGAGAGAAAGAGACAUGUCAAAAUGGUGAGUAAUCUCAGGAAAACAGAAAUGACAACUGAAAGGAAACAACUACUCUCAACCUAUCUCAAGAAAAAGAAGAGGAUUGAGAGAUUGACAAUCUCAAUCCAGCUAAACACAGACAGGAAAGGCAAACCCACAUCCUUCUUCAAUGUACGCAAGUGGGAGAGGGAGAAGGCUGCUUCUGAGAGUAUUGUCCAUCACAUCGAAGUUAACAAUUUCAAGAAGAAGAAGAAGAAGAAGAAGACACCAACCCACAUCUACUUCGAGUAGAAGAAGAGAGCAACUUC